AUGUUAUACGAGCUAAUUGCAAUUGUCCGACCGGGCAGUCUCAAGGAGGUAAAGGAAAUCGCCAAAAAUGCCGGCGUCCAAGUCCUCCGCUCAGGCGGCGUAGUCCGCGGCUACACAAAUUGGGGCACCUUCACCCUCCCCAAACCCACCACAAAACAUCAAGCACGAUACUCUGAAGGCUGGCACUUCAUCAUGCGCUUCGAUGCUUCAGGGCCCGUCCAGUCCGCUGUUCGCCGCACUUUGUCUCUCGACCCGCGAAUGAUUCGUUUUUCGGUCAUCAAAAUCGGCGAUAAGCUUGAGGAAAUCAACAACGUGCCUGGUCAUGUCGAUUGGAAUGGGACCAAGACGAAUAUCACGGAUUCCAUCGUUAGCAGAGCCACUCCUAGGGCGAUUUUGACUGAGAAUGCGGCUAUUCGAUCGUCGCCUUAUUCUUCUUGA